GACUGCAAGGAAAAGCAACCGUUCUCAUCACUCUUCACGUUUGCUUAUCAUCUUACAGUGAAGCAUAAUCGCCGUGCAACAUCGAACAAACGAAUCCCGUGUUAUCUAUGCGAUUUUGAAUUUCAGACAUAUACUGCAUUGAUUGAACAUUUGAAAAAUGUGCACGAACAAUAUUAUCAAGAACACAAAAUCACAGCACGUUCAACAUCGGAAGAACUUAAACGAGGCCGGAAGGGAAAGCAGACAAAAACUAUACAAAUGCGAGGACGAAGCUUGAGUCCAUUAUCCGAUGAUUUUCUUGAGACAGAAGAGUCAUCUGAUGGAUCGGAGGAGAUUGGAUAUGAUUCUGCUCCUGU